AAUCUUCAAAGCAUAGUUGUGAUUGACAUUGAAACCCUGAGGUCAGUCAGUUGGAUCAAAGUGAAUCGGCAGCUAGAAGUGGAAGAUUGGAGUCAUGCCAUGUUGAUUGAAAAUCCCAACAUAAAAAUAUCUGACCAUGUGUUCCACCAUAAUGUGGCAAAAGCAGCAGUGUCCAGAAUUCCUAAAGGCUGUAUUUAUAUUGUGAGAGACACCAGUCUCCAGUUCAGAAAUGACAAGCUGGUCAAGGCCAAAGAUGAGCUGCAUUAUAGGGUGAUGCAUUCAGUUUUCAUGACUGUUUUAAAGUCAAGUCUAGAGGAGAAGGAUUCGGAUGUGUAUGUUGUAGAUAUGAAGAAGAUACCUGACAUUUAUGAUACUUUAGUUGUAAAAUAUUUUGACAUUACACAUGUAAAUAACUACAGAUUAUUAAUGGAUGUGAGGAAAAAUCCAGAUUUGUUUAGAAUACAGAUGACAUCUUUCCCAAAUAUACAUCACCUAUUACAUGACCAGUAUGCAUGUGUUGCUCUCUUAGCCAAUUCCUUUUGCAAACUAGUCCUGUGUAACUGGUAGAGUCUGUCCAGUACGUACAGACUAGUCCUGUGUAACUGGUAGGGUCUGUCC